UUAAAAGAUGGUGUUGCUUGAAUGGCAACGGAAUUCCGCUUUAACGAAAUUCCAUUUGUAGAUAUACCCAUAUUUAGUUCUCCAAUGGCUUUAACAACUUAACAAACCCGACUGUCGGAUCGUAUGGAACCUUAAAAUUGUUAGUGCACUGGAAGGUACGAUUUCCCGACUUCGGGCUUUAUAGCGGUCACAGGAUCAGCCCACUUCCGGGGUCUGCAAAUUUUCGGUGGGAAGACUGUCGCAAAUUGGCCCCGGCCAAGCCGCGCUCGGGGUCUAGUCUACUCCGUAGCUUCAAUUCCACCUGGUCCCUUUGCUCCCCCACGAAAGCCUCGAGGCCCGCCAAAAAAAAAAAAUAAGACAUAAAAGCCAGGUCCGCCAGGCAAAGAAAAGCAAGGACGAAGACAAAACCCGUCAAGAGAGGCAACUAUGGCACCCCCUCUGACUUCAAAGGUCUACGUCGACGGGGUCUACAUCCCCGCGGCGCUCAUUGUCAUAGGCACCGCUAUUGUCAAGAGGGAUUGGGUCGUCUACAGCGUCGCCCUGGCAUUGGCUCUCGGCACAUGGAAGUUCUUCCAGCUCAAGCCCAAAAAGGUCCUUGACCCAACAAAAUUCCAGGAGUUCGAGCUUAAGGAGAAGACCAUUAUAUCCCACAAUGUCGCCAUCUACCGUUUCAUGCUUCCAUCGCCGUCUUCGAUCCUUGGUCUCCCCAUCGGCCAGCACAUCUCCAUCGGCGCCGACAUCCCCCAGCCCGACGGUAGCAGCAAAGAGGUUGUGCGGUCCUACACCCCGAUCAGCGGUGACGAGCAGCCCGGCUAUGUCGACCUGCUGAUCAAGUCGUACCCCACCGGCAACAUCUCCAAGUACAUGGCAGGGCUCUCGGUCGGCCAGAGCAUCCGCGUCAGGGGCCCCAAGGGCGCCUUUGUUUACCAGCCCAACAUGGUUCGUCACUUUGGCAUGAUCGCCGGCGGCACCGGCAUCACCCCGAUGCUGCAGGUUGUUCGUGCCAUCGUACGCGGCCGUGCCGCUGGCGACACCACACAGGUGGACCUGAUCUUUGCCAACGUCACCCAGGAGGACAUCCUGCUCAAGGAGGACCUGGACGCGCUCGCGGCCGAGGACAAAGGAUUCAGGGUGCACUACGUUCUGGACAGGCCACCCGAGGGCUGGACCGGUGGUGUUGGCUUUGUUACACAGGACAUGAUCACCAAAUGGCUUCCCAAGCCGGCAGAUGAUGUCAAGAUCCUGCUGUGCGGUCCCCCGCCUAUGGUGAGUGGUCUGAAGAAGGCUACCGAGGCUUUGGGCUUCAAGAAGGCGCGCCCUGUGAGCAAGCUUGAAGAUCAGGUAUUUGCCUUUUAAGCAUGCACGGGGAUAUGCAGGUAUUAUGAGAGCGGCCGUUUAUGAAGCUCUGCAGACUAGACUUGUGAUUAUAAUAGGAGAAAAUAUAGAAAUCAUGAAGCUUACUGAUACCUUG